GAAUUUAGAAGAGAUAAGCUACUCUAUGUUGCUGUUACCUUAAUGAUUAAAGACGUGUUUCGUUAGGGUCUUGUUCUCUUUCCGAUAUCGUGCGGCGUGUGUAAAGAAUGAAGCAGAUAGUUACAAAUCAAACUGUUAAAAUCCCAGAGGGAUUGACUGUUACAGUCAAAUCUCGUCUGGUGACUGUAAAAGGACCAAGAGGUGUUCUGAAACGAUCAUUUAAACAUCUUGCACUUGAUAUUCGUAUGGUCAGUCCGAGAUUGCUGAAGGUAGAAAAAUGGUUCGGUACGAAAAAAGAAUUAGCUGCUGUUCGUACCGUCUGCUCUCAUAUUGAGAAUAUGCUUAAGGGUGUCACGAAGGGGUACCAAUACAAAAUGCGAGCUGUAUACGCUCACUUCCCCAUCAACUGUGUGACCACGGAGAACAACACAGUUAUAGAAAUUCGUAACUUCUUGGGCGAGAAGUACAUAAGGCGUGUUAAAAUGGCACCCGGAGUAACUGUGGUGAAUUCCUCCAAACAGAAGGAUGAACUCAUCAUUGAGGGAAAUUCCUUGGAGGAUGUAUCACGUUCCGCCGCUCUUAUUCAACAAUCGACAACAGUUAAAAACAAGGAUAUUAGAAAGUUCUUAGACGGGCUUUAUGUAUCUGAGAAAACAACAGUUGUACAAGAUGACGAAUAAAUUCUCCGAAUAUUAUUAAUUUUAAA